AGCCGGAGAUUCAUUUCAUUUUAAACUGUGUGGCGAAACGGUUCGGUACGGUGACGCAAAAUUCUGCGGUUUUCGUAUGGUGUCUUGUCGUGCCGCGAUAGAAUUUUGGUCGUUGGAAGGAUACUUCGCACCUAAGUGGGACGGUCCGGUGUUCAGUUCUGUUCUUGGCAGUGUCGAAGGAAGAACUGUUUGUGGUGAAAUGUGAUUUGGUAAAGGACGACAGCACGCUUAGUGAUUUUUAUACGCCAACAAGUGAGAAGCGCCGGCAAAUUUGUUCAAAUUAGAACGUUAGGAGAUCCGUCAAAAUGACUGAGGAAGUUCAAACUCAAUCGCAUACACAGCAAUCCCAACAGCAGCAGCAGCAGCCCUCUCAACCCCAACAAAAGCAACGGUUGGGUCCAAAUGACUAUCGCAACUCGGAAUUCGUCUCCAAACUGAUGGCUGCCAAUCCACCUUACAUGUUCACGCCAGCGAUUGGACCACACAAUUUCUUCUUCAGUGAAAUGUUACGUUCCCUUGUUGCCAAUAAACGAAAUGAGAGUUUACGAAACGCCGAACAGUUACACCACCAACAACAGGCUCAGGCUCAAGCACAAGCUCAAUCCUUGUCACUUCCAACGAGGCGACCUAGGAAACGUUCCUGGUCCCAACACCGUCUGUACUCAGAAUCUCCUAAGGAAAGCAAAGACUUGGAAGAGAAACCCGUCGGACAUCCGGAGAAGCCACUCGAAUUAACCAACAAACUUUCUGCAUUCUCCAGAAACAUCACCUCAAAGUACGAGGAAUCCAAUCAAAACUUUAAACCUUCCCCUGAAGCGAAACCGCCAAAUGAGAAACCAUCAAUGAAUGCAAACUUAAUUCCAGAUCCUCCAACGGGCUCGAUGCCACCCUCUGAUUUGAUUCUUCCUCCACCACCGCCCGUAUGGUAUCCACCAUUGUACCCACCCUAUGGAAUCGAUCCACUGCACUUCUUCAUAGAUCUUCGCGUCUCUGGACAUAUCUACGAUCGUAAGAAAGAACCCACUUCGCCCAAUUCAGAUGGAGUCAAAAGUGAGCACUCCAAGCUAAUUGGCUCCAACGAUCGACAAGGAUCAGCAUUUAGUGUUCCUAAGCCACGUGAUGGGAUCAAGCCAAACUCGGCGAUCAAUCUAUCUUCACCACCUCUUCCGACGGACGGUGAAGAGAAAUCUCCCAAAGAUCCAUCUGCUCUCUUUCUCAGUGAGUUCAAGGAAAACAAGUACGACAUUAUCAAAAAUACCAACUAUGUGAUGCAGAAUUUGCCACGAAUUUACGGUGAUAUGAACACCCCGCCGAAGGACGGCACGACUGGGGACGAUGAUUUGAGUGGCAAUCUGAGCGACGAUCAACUGGACUGCCGAUCGCUGGGAUCGAACGAGGACUGCUCGGGUGAGGACGGGAAGUUCCGUGAUUCGGAUCUGAAUGUGAUAUCCGAUGAGGAUGAAUCCAUUGCAGUGGACGAGAACUAGGUUCUGUAGUGAGAUGUUCCUCUAUUCAAAAUUUAUGCAAAUCAUAAACGUUGUUUCUGUGUUGAGAAAUCUAAAUAAAUUUCAAAAGUCCGUGAA